ACGACAGGUGCAAAGAACCCCGGCUGCCUCCCUGCGACAGUGACCCGUCGCUCCUCCGUCCGUCAGUCGUCACCACCACUCCACUCCACUCGCCACUGCCCGCUCGCGCCGGCCGCCACCCCAUAAAAUCCACCCCGAACCAAAACCCCACACCGGAAUCCAACAACACAAGCAUUCACAUGCACGCGUAGGUCCCGGCCUCCGCCUGCUCCCAUCCCAACCACCGCCAUGCCUCCCCCGCUGCUCGUCUUCGCUUGCCUCGUCCUGGUCGUCCUGCUUGGCGCGCCAUGGCCGUCCGGGGCGGGGGCGAGGCCGCAGCUUUUCGCGCUGCGGGCGCGCCAGAUGCCGGCCAGGGCGCUGCCGCGGCAGCCCAGCAAGCUGCGGUUCCACCACAACGUCAGCCUCACCGUCUCGCUCGUCGUCGGCACGCCGCCGCAGAACGUCACCAUGGUGCUCGACACCGGCAGCGAGCUGUCCUGGCUGCUCUGCGCGCCGGCGGGCGGCGCCAGGAACAGGUACAACGCGACGUCCUUUCGUCCGAGGGCCUCGGCCACCUUCGCCGCCGUGCCCUGCGCCUCCGCGCAGUGCCGCUCCCGCGACCUGCCGUCGCCGCCGGCCUGCGACGGGGCGUCGAGCAGGUGCAGCGUGUCGCUCUCCUACGCGGACGGCUCCUCCUCCGACGGCGCGCUCGCGACGGACGUCUUCGCCGUCGGCGGCGGGCCGCCGCUGCGCGCGGCGUUCGGCUGCAUGGCCUCCGCGUUCGACUCCUCCCCGGACGGGGUCGCGAGCGCCGGGCUGCUGGGCAUGAACAGGGGCGCCCUCUCCUUCGUCUCGCAGGCCAGCACCCGCCGCUUCUCCUACUGCAUCUCCGACCGCGACGACGCCGGCGUGCUGCUCCUCGGCCACAGCGACCUGCCCACCUUCCUCCCGCUCAACUACACGCCCCUGUACCAGCCGGCGUUGCCGCUCCCCUACUUCGACCGCGUCGCCUACUCCGUCCAGCUCCUGGGCAUCCGCGUCGGCGCCAAGCACCUGCCCAUCCCGGCGUCGGUGCUCGCGCCGGACCACACCGGGGCGGGGCAGACCAUGGUGGACUCCGGCACGCAGUUCACCUUCCUGCUCGGCGACGCCUACUCGGCACUGAAGGCCGAGUUCACGCGACAGGCCAGGCCGCUCCUCCCGGCCCUCGACGACCCCGGCUUCGCGUUCCAGGAGGCGUUCGACACGUGCUUCCGCGUGCCCCAGGGGCGGACCCCGCCGGCGGCGAGGCUGCCGAGCGUGACGCUGCUGUUCAACGGCGCGGAGAUGGCGGUGGCGGGGGAGAGGCUGCUGUACAAGGUCCCCGGGGAGCGGCGCGGCGGCGACGGCGUGUGGUGCCUGACGUUCGGCAACGCGGACAUGGUGCCCAUCAUGGCGUACGUGAUCGGGCACCACCACCAGAUGAACGUGUGGGUGGAGUACGACCUGGAGCGCGGCCGCGUCGGGCUGGCGCCCGUCCGCUGCGACGUGGCCAGCGAGCGCCUCGGCCUCAUGCUCUGACGAGAUUUGGCGUUUACCAUCCACGGUGUAAAUUAGCAGUAGUACCUAGUACGUGCCACAUCUUUCUCCGUUGUUAGACUGAUCGAGCUGACAAGUUUGCAUGUAAAUAUGGCAAUGAACCUAUCUAUCUACUGGGAUUCUGGGAAGCUCCCUCUUCCUCCC